CUUAUCAACACCUGUCUGCAGUCCCUUGUGACAGAGAAUUUUGCUGAAGAGACGUGGGAACAACUGAAAGCUUCUGCAGAAGUGCAAGAUGCCUUCAUGACUUACACCGUCUAUGAUGACGCCAUCACCAUGAAGCUCAUCCAAGAGGGCUGCAAGGCUCUAGGUAUCUCCAUGGAAGCCAUUCUGAAACUCUUUGGAGAAUACUUCUUUAAAUUCUGCAAGAUGUCUGGCUAUGACAGGAUGUUACAGACCCUGGGAGGAAAUCUCACGGAGUUUAUUGAAAACCUGGAUGCCCUCCACAGUUACCUCGCACUCUCUUAUCAGGAGAUGAAUGCACCAUCGUUUCGUGUGGAGAGAGAAGCAGAUGGGAAAACGCUUCUCCACUAUUACUCUGAUAGAAGUGGUCUGUGCCACAUCGUACCAGGUAUCAUUGAGGCUGUAGCCAAAGACUUCUUCAACACUGAAGUGACCAUGGAUAUCCUUGACGUGAAUGAGGAAGAGGAGAGGACAGGGAAGAAGGAGCAUGUUGUAUUUCUGAUUGUGCAGAAGUCUCCCAGACAGCUGAGAAGGGCAAAGCCAAACAGGCUACAAGGCAGUCAGGGCAUCCAGAGAGACCAAGAGGCCCUGGACACAGCUUUCCUUAGGAUGAAGGAGAAAUAUUUGAGUGUCUCAGUUUGUCUGGUGAAGAAGUCCCGCUGGGAAGUUGUGAGAAGUAUGGUCAUGUUAGGAAAAGGGCAUCUCGUGAACAACUUUGUGCCGAUUUAUCCCAAGAGGCUCUGGAUUGAAGAGAAGACGUUCUGCAAUGCUUUUCCUUUCCACAUUGUAUUUGAUGAAUCACUGAGGGUCAAGCAAGCUGGAGUGAAUAUUCAGAAGUACGUCCCAGGACUCCAAACCCAGAAGAUUCGAUUGAAUGAGUAUUUCUCCAUCGUUCAUCCCCAAGUUACCUUCAACAUUGUCAGCAUCUGCAAAUUUAUCAACAGUCAAUUUGUCCUGAAGGCACGAAGGGAAAUGAUGCCUGACGCAUGGAAAAUUCAACCCCCCCUCAAACUACGAGGCCAGAUGAUCUGGAUGGAGUCCAUGCGGUGCAUGAUAUACAUGUGCUCCCCGAAGCUCCGCAGGCUGCAAGAGCUGGAGGCGCACAAGAUGUAUCUUUCUGAUAUCGCCCCCCACGACACCACCAGGGAUCUCAUCCUCCUGAACCAGCAGCGACUGUCUGAGAUUGAGCUGUCCAACCAGCUGGAGAGGAAGAAGGAGGAGCUGCGGGUCCUCUCCAAGCACUUGACCAUAGAAAAGAAGAAAACAGAGACCUUGCUUUAGGCCAUGCUGCCUGAACAUGUGGCCAACCAGCUGAAGGAGGGCAAAAAGGUUGCGGCAGGAGAAUUUAAAACCUGUACAAUCCUUUUUAGCGAUGUGGUGACAUUUACUAACAUCUGUGCUGCCUGCGAACCUAUCCAAAUAGUGAAUAUGCUGAAUUCAAUGUACUCCAAGUUUGACAGAUUGACCAGUGUCCACGAGGUCUACAAAGUGGAAACAAUAGGAGAUGCUUAUAUGGUGGUAGGGGGUGUACCGGUGCCUACUGGAAGCCAUGCUCAAAGAGUGGCCAAUUUUGCCUUGGGGAUGAGAAUUUCUGCAAAAGAAGUGAUGAAUCCUGUUACUGGAGAGCCCAUCCAGAUCAGAGUGGGGAUCCAUACAGGACCAGUCUUAGCGGGUGUCGUGGGGGACAAGAUGCCACGCUACUGCUUGUUUGGUGACACUGUGAACACAGCUUCUAGGAUGGAAAGUCAUGGGCUUCCCAACAAAGUGCACCUCAGCCCCACCACCUACAGAGCCCUGGAAAAUCAAGGGUUUGAGAUCAUUGAGAGGGGUGAAAUUGAAGUGAAAGGUAAAGGGAAGAUGACCACGUACUUUCUGAUCCAGAACUUGAAUGCGUCAGAGGAUGAGAUCAUGGGGAGACCUCAAACUCUGCUUGAUCACAAGGAAGCAAGUGCUCAAGGAAGUCGAGACAGCAAACCUGUUGCAGUCUUGAGGUACGGGGACAGCCGGAAGGUGCUCCCCAAGAGUGAUGUAGCAGACAGUGAGGACACAAGAUCCGUUACAAAGACUCCCAGCUCUGCGUUGCAUGAGAAGAGAAUUGCUUCUGACAAAUCGACACCUGAAGGGAGUCCAGUGGCAGGACAGGACUCUGUGGAGCUGCUGAGCGACAAUGGUCUUCGGAUCAGAUGA